AUGGCGUGUACUUUGGCCGUAAGCCUGCCCCAAAGACUGACGACCGGACUCACAGCUUCGGACUACCCCGGCACUUCGGUUGUCCAUAUUGGAAACGGGGUCCCGCCCGGCGCGAAGGGACAGCGCUACGAGGACGGCAUGCUCGAAAAGGUAAAGGAGGAGACGUCUUCGGCAAACCACGGCUCAUCUAGUCUGGGCACCCCUGCACCCAGUGCCUUGGAGGGAGAGACGCACAUGGAGGCAGCACACCAAGUGGCCAGCGGCCCCGCGGGGUCCACUCUUUACGGGGGCAGGGAGGACCAGCCAGAGGAGGAAGCCAACAGGAAGGACACAUCUGCGGCAGAUGACCUGCGCGAACUGGCAGCCAAGGGUGUCUGCGCUCCCCUGUGGCGCACCAAUCAGCCAGUACAACCGGGGACUGCAGAGCCAGCGGUGCACACGCUGCAGACGGGCUGGUGCUUCUAUGCGGGGCUGGACGCAGCCAAGCGCUCCAACGUGUGGGUGGCGAGCCAGAGCCCUGCAGCGCUCUCCAUGCUGGCGGCGGCCGGCGCCGCGGCCGGGGGCUCUCCCGGCCCCGACCGCUCGCGGCCCGAGUCCCUCAUGCAGGCGCUGCGAGGGGUUGCGGAGAAGGGUACGCGAAACAACGCAUGGCUGGGAGCAAGUCCGUCGCUGCGCGAGAUUCUUGAGGGGCGCAUGGCGGACGCCGGGGGGCCCUCCACCCCUCGCUCACCCUUUGACAACGGCGCCGGCCCUGACCUCGCCAAUAUGCAGGGCUACACCACGCCGGAGCAGAAGGAUACCUUCAACCUGAUGGGCUUCAACUCCUCCAGCACUCCCAGCACAGCCACCAACAUUGAUCUGGGCAGCCUCCAGGCCCCCCACUCGCCGGAGCCGGGGCAGCAGGCCGUGCUGGGCAGCUCCCACAGCACGCCCUCCAACAGUUUCCUCGCUGAGCUGCGCCGCCAGCAGCACCAGCAGGGCCGGAGGAGUCUGGACGGGGAGUGGAACGGCGGCAAUGAGCGGCUGGGCCGCGCAGGCAACUGGAUGGACGAGGAUUUCCCGGGAGCUUCGCGGCAGCUGCCGACGCUCAGCGACGGCGGGGCGCGCGGCCGCGACUCCAAGCACAGCCCCACGCACUCCAAUAUAUCGGCUCCCCCCACCUUCGGCGAUGGGGGGUCCCCCUUCCGCGGCUAUGACGGCGCGAUGGCGUCCCCGGCAAAGCCGAGCGCGCCGCCGGCGUCGGUGCCGCAGCUGCCAGAGAAAGUCAUGAUGGCGCUUGUGAGCACGCCGGCCAUGUUUGCAGUGCCAACCUCCAUCAACAAGGGCUUCAAUCCCCCAUUUGUGCUGCGCGUGGGAGUUGUCUCCACCGCCCCCACGCAGAUCAAGGCCACCGUGGCCGCCUACGUGCUGCAGAAGGACCAGGCACGCCCCCUGACUAAUACGCCUCGUCUUUUGGCGCCAACAGUGGCAAACUUGGAGAAGUGGCACCCGGCGCAGCACGUGGUGACAGAGAGCCUUAGCGGUGCGAUAGUGACUCAGACGAUCGUAUGCCACGGCCCCUCGCACCCCAAGCUGCCGCAGCCCUCCCCUGGCAAACACACCGGCGUCGCGGAGUUUGUCUUCGACGACCUGAAGUUCCACAGCAGCAGCCGCAUGAAGCCGCGCUGGCUGGCCUUCGCGCUGACACUGCCCACGGAUGAUGUGCUGUUUGUGCAGUAUACUGUGCCCACCAUCGUCAUGUCCCGCCAGUGCGACCAGCACAACAAGGCGAUGAGCAUCCUGCGGGGUCAGCUGCCGUGGCGCAAGCGGCAGCGGCCGGAGACUCCUGGCCCGGCGUCGCCGGCGCAGCCGCUGCGCGCGACGAUGAGCGCUCCGAUCGGCAGCCUAGAUGGGUUAGGGCCCCCGGUCGAAGACCCCUGCGACGGGGAGUGGCCCCUCUCCACGCCAUACACCUUUGACCGCUGGCGCGACAUGAUCGAGCGGAACUGCAAGUACUACAGCCUGAUUCGGCCUUUUGACAAGGACGACCUGCGCAUGCUGGCCAAGGUUGCGGGCUUCUUCAGCAACCAGGCCUCCCAACGCAUCGCCCCCUUCGAGCUCACCCCCGGCCAGUGGCAGGCGUUCGGGAACUGGUUCAUGUCGUACCUGCGGCUGUUCCGGUGCCACCAGCAGCUGUGGAUGAUGCGCAAUCCCACCGCCAUCUGCGGAUUCGGCGUCGACCGCGCGCGCUCAGAAAUCCUGCUCGCCCACCAACCCUCGGGCACAUUCCUGGUGCGGCCGAGCCUGAGCCUGGCUGGAGCAAUGGUGCUGAGCGUGGUGGUGGAUGGCGCCAUCAAGCACAUGGCCCUUGACGGCAACCAGCUUGACACACGCUCCCUCGAGCUGGUCAGGGUGAUGGAUUGGAGCCUGACUGGCAGCCUGACUGAGUGCUUGCGCCGUGGACAUCGAAGUAUUAUUAUUAUUAUUAUUAUUAUUAUUAUUAUUAUUAUUAUUAUUAUUAUUAUUAUUAUUAUUAUUAUUAUUAUUAUUAUUAUUAUUAUUAUUAUUACCAUCUUUAUUAUUACCAUUAUUACACGCCUAUCCAAGCCACAGUUGGCUUAG